AUGGAUCUCAAAUCUGGACAGAACACUGCUUCCUCACAAAUCGGCCACAACUACACAAGUUUCACGAAAAUACUCACUAAAGAGAUGCUUGAAGCAAGCAACGAACAAUUAUCAGAAUCUAUGUAUAAGAAUUUAAAGGGCAGGAGGUAUGUCAUUGUGUUGGAUGAUGUGCGGGAUACAAAGGUUUUGGAUGACUUGAAACGGUUGUUUCCAAACGACAAGGACGAAAGUCGAAUCAUGCUGACUACUAGGUUAGAAAAGGUAGCUAAUCAUGGAAACUCUUCUCGUCCUUAUCAUAUGCGCUUUCUAAACUGGGAUGAAAGUUGGAAUUUAUUUUGUAGGAAGGGAUUACUAAAACCAGUGAAAUCUAGAAGUUUGGAAGAUGUAGCCGAGGGGUACUUGUUGGAUCUUGUUGACAGAAAUCUUGUUUUGGUUCAUCAGCAAAGUUCCAAGGGCAAAAUUAAAACAUGCAAGAUCCAUGAUCUGUUGCGUGACCUUUGUAUGAGGGAAGCUGAAAGGGAAAAGUUUUUUCAUGUCAUGAAAAAGGAUCUCCUUGGUAUUUCUGAAGGCAUUGCUCUGCAAAGGUUAAGAAUUCAUUACCAAGGAGAGCAUCAUUAUACUGCCAACUGCCUGCCGAAUUUGCUCGUAAGGUCCCUCUUCAAUUUUGGAAAAUGGGAAAAUUUCCGUGAGUUGGAUCUUAACGUUAGGCUACUUAAAGUGUGGGAAAUGGAAAGUAGUACUAUGACGAAAUCAUCAAUUGUAAUAGUUGAAAUGGUUAACUUGCGGUACCUUGCUAGCACCUGCAAAGACAUGCCACAGUUGAGGCAUGUCCAGUUGAAUCAUGUGGUUCUGCCUGAUCCUCCUACUAUAGAAGCUAAGGAGGAAAAUUGUUUUAUUGUUUUGGAGCACCUGCAAACACUCUCCAUGGUAUACGAUUUCAAAUUGACACUGGAGAUCCUUAAAAGAAUUCCCAAUCUUAAGAAAUUGAGAAUCCAUUAUGAACAAAGGCGAUGGAAUUGGGGAGAUUAUUGUCAAAGUAAUCUCGUCAGUCUACAUAAUCUUGAAUCAUUAAAAUGCACCUUUUCUGGGAUGUCACGGUCUUCCCUGAAGAAUGUUACUUUCCCUACAUCGCUUCAAAAGUUGACUGUAACUGGAGGCAAGUUUCCUUGGAAAGAUAUGAAGAUUAUUGGUUCGCUGCCAAAUCUUCUAGUGCUCAAACUGAAAAGUAAUGCCUUUCAUGGCCGAGACUGGGAACCAAAUGAAGGGGAAUUUCUUCAGCUAAAAUUUCUGCUACUAGGAAGACAUUUAUCUGGUGCAUUGGAGAGCUGA